AUGAUUAAUUUGCCAAUCGAUGUUGAUGUUUAGAUGAUCCAAAAGAAUAAGCUUUUUUAAAAAUUUAUGCAAUACCAAUAGUAGGAAACUUAAGCAUAAAAUACACAAAUUUAAUAGAAAAUAUACAAUAAAUCCAAUCAUGAUUCGAUAGAGGAUUAGAAAUAUUCAUAAGAGAAAAUGGAAGAGAGUUCUAUCUAUUAAGAUUUUGCAAACUUUGCUAAAGCCACUAAUUAUAAGCAAUCAUCACCAUAUAAUUAUCAUAAAUAGUAAUUACAAUAAAUUCCAUAAUCAAAUUAAAAUUCUGGAAGCAAUAAUAAUUAAGAAAUUAAGGACUUAUAAUUUAAGAAUAAAUCACUAAUAUAGUAGAACUCCAUUUUGUAGCAAUAAUUAUUAGAUCUUUAAUAAAUUAUUCAUAGACAAACAAUUGAUUUAGAUUUACAGAAAAAUGAGAUCUUAAAUUUAAAGAGAGUAGUUUAAGAAUAAUAAAUAGAAAUAGAGUAAUUAAGAAGACAAUUAUAAGAAAAAAGAAACAGCAGUUUAGAGAAAACCAGAUAAUUUACAAUUGUCCAAACUCAAUUAAUAUAAUCAAACUAAAUGGUAGAAAAACUUAUUUCUUAAUUGAUGAAUUAAGAAUCAUAAUUAAGUGUAAAUUAUAAUUUAAUGAUAGUUGUAUCGACAAACUUAGAUUAAUUUUCCAAAAAUAGAUAAUUUAUAAUUCAAUGUGGACUAAAAUAAAUCAAAUUUGAUAAAUGCAUAAAAUCUUCUAAAUAAUCCAUCGUCUGUAGCAUAGGCUUAUCCUGCUUAAUAUUAAUACUCAAAUUAACAAUAACAAUAAUAAAUUCCUUAAGGUUCAAAUCAGUAAUAAUAAUAAUCAUACCCAAUACAAUAAUAAUAGAUUUAAAUUUCAUAACAGUCAUUAUAAAAUCCAAAUCCUGUUAGUCAGCCAACAAAAUAAUAAUUACAAUCUGAUGCUGAUACAUCAUAUGAAAGAUAUUUAUUACAUAAAAGAGGAAGACAUUGA